UCCCAGCCUAUCUUUAGAGAAAAAAAAAUGCCGAUCUCAGAUCUCGACCCCAUGAUGAAAAUAUGGAAGUUGGCUAUGAGCAAAAUGUUCUGCCACCAACUUUGGAAGGUCUUGAGAAGAAAUUCCACGAUGACAUAAUGAAGCUUGCUAAAGAACAGAGCGAUGCUGAGGAUGUCGAAAAUACUAGACAUAGAGAAAAAAUAAAUGCAAUCAAUACCCAAUAUCAGGAACAGCUAACAGCACUUCGAGCACGGCACGCCAAUCGCAGAGAUGAGUUCCUGCGAAAGGAAUCUCUUGUACGACUACAACAAUACCAGCAAGCAGUGAUGGACUAUUAUCCUCGUACAGUUAAUAAUCCCCAUGGUUAUGGUAGCAUUGCUGCUGUUGGAGACGCACAUAGAGGAUAUAACUCUGAUAACUUUGACUCCUACGGAGAGAGGUCUCGAUUUCUUGGGGGUGCCAGAGAUCAGGGGUUUGAACCUAAAGGUUCAUACCAGGGGGGCGUGCAUGUGAUACUGGUUCACGAUAUUACUGAGUUUGAUUAGUUUAGUUUAGCUACAUCCUCUUGGUUUAUUUCUGAUAAUUACCC